AUGUCUUCAAAUAAUAUUAUCUCCAAUUUUUCAAUUACUUCACUUCCUUCUGAAGUUAUAAAAAUAAUUUUACAAAAUACUGAUUGGAAAACAAUUUAUAAUAUGAGAUUAGUAUCAAAAUUUUUUAAUUCACUUAUAUUAACUAAUUUUGAAAGUUUGCCAAAACCAUUAAUGACAGGUCUUUCAAUUUCAAGUACUACCAAAUUAGAUGGUACAAUGUAUAUAGAAUUUUUUUAUCUAUAUGAAAAUGAAUAUAUAAAAGUUGAGGAUAUCUAUAUUCCUAAUCAAAAUAGUGAACCAAAAGUAAUGAAAAUCGAAAGUUUUCUUAAAAAAAUGAAUUUAAAAUAUAUAGUAAACUUUGAAAUAAUAGUUACUGGUGAAACAAUAAUAUUUGACAUUCUUAAUAAGUAUUUCAAAGAUGAAACAAUAAUUGACAGCUUACAAAUUAACAUUCAAAAAUCUUCAUGUUUUAAAAGUUUUUCAAUUUUUAUUCAAAAAAUUAAAUAUGUAACAUAUUUAUGGUUAAACAAAUUAUGUUUUUUAAAUCAAUCUAUACCCUUAAAUUAUACACUACCAAUGAUUGAAUGUUUAAAUAAUUUAUGUCUUGUUGAAUGUGAAUGUACAAAAUUUGUCAAUUCAAAAAUGAUAAUGAAUUUAUAUCGCAAUAACAAAAAUCUUAAACGUAUUCUUGUAUUUUCAAAUUGUACUGAUUUUGAAGUUAAAUUAAUACAAUGUAUAGGAGAAAGACAAUCCUCAUGUGAUGGUACAAAAAAUUGCCAUGGUAAUUGUUAUAUUUAUCUACCAUUAAGAAAUGAUAUGAUUUUUGGAAGUAGAAUGGAAAAUUAUUUUCCUCCUAAUAUGUAUGAUAUUUCUUAUCCACUUGAAAUUGAUAACACAAUUAUAGGUGUUAAAGAAUGUAGUAAAUGUUUAGUUAAUUGUGGAAUUGCUUUAUGUCUCCAAAUACCAACAUAUUUAAGUGAUACUAAUUGUAAUUUUAUUUUUGAUAGAACAUUAUUUAUUGAUGAUAACUUCUACAUUGAUUAA